UUUUUAUUUUUAUUUUUUUGCGAUAACUUUUUAAAUAAUUACUAUUAUUUUUAUUUUGUUUUCCAGGGAACUGAUAAAAUUGAAGGCAUCAUAUUGGAUUGGGAUAGAAUAAGACAUUUAUGAUUGAGCCCUGAAACCUUCCAAAGAUGAAAAAUUUAAGACUUCUCAAUUUUUUGUCCUAGGUUUCGGUAUUAUGAUGCAAAUAAUUCAGGGCUUCCUUUUGAUCUUGGCUUUCCUAAUAAAUUAAGGUAUUUUCAUUGGGAUCUAUAUCUAUUGGAGUCUUUGUCAUUAGAAGGCUAUUGUUUUGAGAACCUUGUUGUACUAUGCAUGGGACACAGCAAUAUUAAAAAGCUUUGGGAUGGAGCGCAGGAUCUUGUGAAUUUAAAGAGAUUAGAUUUGAGUUGGUCCGAACAAUUGAUGGAGCUACCUGAUUUCUCUAGGGCACGUAAUCUUGAAGAAGUAGUUCUCACGGAUUGUGAAAGUUUACAUAGUGUUCAUCCAUCCAUUUUAUCUCUCCAAUCUCUUGUUUUAUUGGUUGUCUUUGGUUGCGGGAAAUUAGAGAGUCUUGAAAGUGAGACUCAUUUAGAAUCUCUCUCUUACCUUGGUGUUUCACAUUGCAAGAACCUCAAGAAAUUCUGUUUGUCAUCGAAGAAAUUGGAAAACAUAUGUUUAUUCGAAUGCCGUGAAGUUGAAAGAUUGCAUUUGCUACCAUUCGGAGGUUUCACGGAACUUAGAGGGCUUUAUAUUGAUGAUGGUGGAAGUUUAAGUGCCUUCCAAUAUGAGAGCUAUGUGGCUUGA